CUAAUAAAAAGAACAAGGCUAAGAAGGGAGUGUUGGCCUGUGAUUCCGCCUGUAGCUCCUGGAAGACUGGCAGAGGCCAAGGAGAGAGUAGCACAGUCCACAACUCCCAGACCGGCUACCACAUCCGGGAGAGAGAGCUUGGGAAGAUUCAUAAGGCCGCCAAUGAGGAUAACAUUGCCGAAGUACAACGUAUUCUGUGGUUGGAAGAAACGGCCUAGACGACAGAGAUAGAAAGAGCAGGGAAGUCUUUGAAAUCAAAACAAAACAAAAAAACCUCUAAUUUGAAAUUGUGCAAAGUACUUGUUUGCUCAUCUACAAGAGACUAAUGGACAUAGGAAUAUAUAGUGUCCCUGGUUAAAAAAAAAAAAAAGAAAUUUAAGUUAAGAAGGGAAUGAAAUUGUCUGUCUACGGUUUUCCAUCUACAACCUUCGUGAAAAUGCGGAGUGAUGGUACUAAUACUGCCACUUAAAGUUCAGACUGAGAGCGUAAUUAAGUGGAUUAUUUAUCAAAUAGAAGCUGCACACGUGUUGUCGCCAACAUACUCAAGAUCCGUUUGUUCUCAAAGACUUCGUGUUGCCCGGACUCCUCUGCAUCUGGCCUGCGCCAAUGGCCAUUCGGAAGUGGUCACUGUCCUAGUGGAGAGGAAAUGCCAUCUUAACCUCUAUGAUAAUGAGAACAGAACGGCUCUCAUGAAGGCUGUACAGUGUGCGGAUGAGAAAAGUGUAACUAUCCUGCUGGAACACGGUGCCGAUCCAAAUCUUAUGGACAACAGUGGCAACACUGCUCUCCACUACGCUGUGGUUGGCGAGAACACAUCCAUAGCAGAGAAGCUGCUUUUACACAAUGCAGACGUUGAAGCCAGAAAUAAGGUGGAUGGCGGUCUCGAGCCCAUAGAGGACUAA